CAGCAAUGUGAAUGGCAAGAGGAUGACGAAAUGGAUAAAUUUGAGAGACAUCGUUCCUCUCUCUUUGAUACAUUUACGGAGAAAUUUGAUCAACUAUGGACAGAGCUUCAAAACGAAAUAACAAUUCGAAAAGAGAAUGAGAAGCAACUCUUUAACGAGGUUCAUAUGUUAAAAUAUAAUAAUCCGGAAGUGAAACGACUUCGUGAUGAGAACAGCCGACUCGAGGCUCAAUUGGAAGACAUCUCAUUGAGGGACCCUCCAGGACGUGAGCAAAGUGAAACUCGCCAUGCUGGUUCCGAGACUAGGCCAUCUGAACAGUGCUCUUGUACUGCUAGCAAGGACCUCUCUAGAUUGGCUGAAAAUUACAAUCAUCUAUCGAGCAAGUACGCGACGGUAUUUGAGGCUUACAAGGUUCUGCGGUUCCACUGGGACGAGCAAAAGCAGAAUAGAGACCAGUGGAAAGCAUACGCCAAAUGGCACAGUGAGCAUACUGCCAAGAAGAGGAAUCGCAGUACCGUCGGCAGAAAUUCUGAGCCCUCACCAGCGGGAAGCACCGCCAUGCAAGGACCUAUGCUGAAUCCACCGCCUGCCGUUGACGACAUCCCUCUUCCCCUGUCGCCUCAUCAAUCCCCGAUGCCACAAAUUUCCCACCUGAAUUACCCACAAGGCUGGAGCCAGUCAAUUGAAGGCAAGGAAUGUACUCCUCGUACCGGUCGCCAAAUGCAUAAUGAAGUCGAUGGUCUCCCAUUUUACGAAGAUGAAAACGGCAGAAAUCAGUCUCGUCCUUACGGUGUAUCAACUUUUUUCCAUGACGAAGCGCCAAAAAGGCCGUAUGGCCAAUCGCUCUCAUCAAACGGCAUCGACCGAGAAGCACCUAUUAGUGGAACCAAGUCUUCUAAAAACGUGGAAGGAAUGGGCCAACGAAGAGCAGGGUUGAUUCAAGGAGCAGCGGAAGAUUUAGCACUUGAGAGCGGAGGGAACGAACAUGCAAAGUGUCCUCCGAACCAGAUAAAUCCGCCGUCUUCUAAUUUGUCAUUCGACGAGCCAGUCUUUGUCUCUGAGAGGAGAGUCAAGCGGAAAAGAGAAACCGAAAAAGAUAGAAGUAUAUCAACCUACUGCUGGCAAGCCGAUGAGGUAUUUUCUCCCCAGAGGCAAAGGAUAAAGCAUGAGCAAGAAUCCAGUAGCCCUGUCGACCUUGAUAAUAUACUUCCUGUCGUGGUCGAACCGGAAAGCCUUGACCUCGAUGAGAUUGGGCAGAAAAUUAAUACGCCGAAGAAACCUCGGAAGUCUUUUCCAUCUUCUCAAGCGUCACGAAGCUUACGGAAUCGUGUGCCGCAUCAUCUUGGUAUGCAACGCGCUUCAAAUUUAGAGGACUUGCAAAGAGCAAUCAAAAUUGAGCCGACGCAAAAUGAUUACACUUCUCAGCAGCUGGACAGCAAACAAUUAUUUCAAGAUGAAGGCCAGUUUUACGACAACCUUACGGGGUCGCGAGCUCCUGACGCUACGAUCGACCAGGAAAACCUCGGGUUGCGAUCAAGAAGUGAACCACCCACCUCGUCACAACUCCAACAGAGUCAACAGAAUCAGAGAAGAGAACGGUCCUUCGAUUCGCCACUGGUACAGAAAAGCGCAAACAUUCGAGCUCUACCCAGGACAAGUAAUCCGAAUCACACGCAUAGUACUAAGUCGCGCAAAAAAGAUGGAAGUUCAAGUAGUUUGCGUGUGGCUGUUAUGGCCGAGGAUGGGGAGCAAAACAUGACGCCAGAACGACCUCCAAGCUUGGUUGAAAAACACAACUCUUCAAUACACUCUAACAAGCUUAACGUUUCUGGCAUGAAACCAUUUACAUAUCAACGAUUAGGAGACCUUUUAGACGACCGAACGCCGUCAAAGAAAGUGUUGUUGCAAAAUGGAAUACAUGCCCGCUCUUCUCGCAGUACGCGAACGCCCAAAAGGCAACCUGAAAGCCUUUUUGAUAAUCAAGCUUCUGGAAAUGUGGCAACUGCUGGAAUAGCGGAGCAGGAUAAUCCGGACAACGAGCCAUUCAGGUCCAGAGGGAUUCAUCGUCUCGGUCUUGAGCAUUUCAAAAUCAACCCAAAUAACAAUCAAGGACUUGAAUAUGCAUUUACUGAGACUAUCCGCAACCGUGAGCAACGAAGUUGCUUACCUGGAUGUACAAAGCCAGAGUGUUGCGGCAAUCAAUUUCGCAAACUUGUCGAGAUUGCAGGGUAUUCGAUGUCAGCUGAUGAAGAGCAGCUUCUUCUCGAGGACUAUCUUGGUAAUGACUCUGUACGUUUGAACCGUAUGGGUCAGAAGGAAAGACAGGAACUUCUUGUCCAGGUAAAAGCGAAGCUUCUUGCCGAUAAGCAUGGGAAACAUAGACAACCCUUUGAGAGGCGUGCGACGCCUCCUGGAUUUUGGAGAACCGAUAUGCCUACAACUCAAGAGUUGGAACAGGACCGCGAAAAAGCGAGAAGAUUGGAGAGGGAUAAAAUUGAGGAGCGGUAUAUGGAGGCCAUGAGGCCUGGCGGCAGGUUCAUGUUCAGAGAUGAGGAGCCAUAAAUGAUGUGUUGGCCAAAUCUUUCUUUUCAAACUCUCUUGACAGCAUUUUUGCGUUUUAGCCAUGGGACCCAUAUUGCGACAAUUUAGCGUGCAUAUUUCUCCAGAGAUUCAUCUACUGUACUAGCGAAGCAAAGAUGUAAUAAUGAC